AUGAGACCUCCUAAUAUUCCUCUUCUCGGCCUUUUGCCGAUUGUUCUGAUCUUGAUCUGCCUUUCUGGUGGCUCAGCUCAGCUUAUUCGCCGACAGCACCCAAACGUUGUGCGCAAGGACAACUUCAUCGAGGCUCGCGAACCCAGCGAUGUCGACGCAACCGGUUUCGGCUACGGUCCCCCUCCUCCGUACUACACGGGGGCACCUGCUACCUCGGCUGAAUCUAAAAUCCUUUCGUUCUCCGUGGAGUCCUCGUCGCAGACUGGCAGCUUGGUGACUGAGGCUUGGGCUUCUUCUGAAACUGGCGUCGCUUCCAGCAUGAACGUUUCCUCGGAAUCUGUCACUCUAUCUUCUGAAUCUUCUUCGUUUCCUUCCUCCUCUGGACCACAGCGCGGCACCUCGAUGGUAUCGGCAGAUUCGAGCGCCAAAGCUAGUAGCGCCACUGGCUCGGAGACUGCAUCAACCGUCCACUCAACCGACUUGGUUUCAUCUCUGACUCUAGUCACCACUGGCGAUGGUGCCUCAUCUACGAUUGAGAGCCAGGCCUCUGGCACUACAAGCGAUGACAGCCUUUCAGACAGCACAAGCUCCUUCUCUGGCAAUGAGCCCUCCUCAGAGGCCAGUACCACAGACGCGACUGAUCUAAUCUCAUCUACUCAGCUUUCUUGGGGUAUUUCUUCUUCUGUCAUGGAGUCUACCAUUUCCAUUUCUUCAGAUAUUCUUUCAUCUAUCACAACAUCCAGUUUCUUUUCUUCGUCAGACAUCCUUUCCUCUGUUACAGUUCUCAGCAUUUCCACCAGCUCAGGGGAAGGCGAAGGCUCAGGAUCAUCUGUGGUCCCCAAAGAGUCCUCUGAUGCGACAGCAUCUGAGGUCACUGCGACUUCUCAGACGAGCGACAGCAGUCAAUCCUCUUCCAGCGUCUACUCAACUCGAGUUCAAACCAGGUACAACUCGAGUACGACAACCGAUCUGAAGACGACAUGGAUGACAGAAACCGUGGAGUUGACGGAGCUCUCCGAAGGAACUCCCUCAACUGAAGUCGGGACCGGCUCUCUUUCUGGCAUCAUCUCGUCUGCCUCUGAUGCGAAUAUUACAUCGGUUAUUCCUUCAGUCACGACAACGACGGAGGUGCUCAGCAUCACGGUGACUGUUUCCGAGUCGAGUUCCACAGAUUCUGAUACAGCAUCCUUGACGACCUCUACAGCAUUCUCAACGGAGUCUCUGGGUUUGAGCAUCUCCUUGGACAUUUCCUCUGGUGUUUCGUCAUUUACCUUGUCUGCCUCCUUGACUCAGUCUGAUACAGCACCUACGAUCAAACCCGCUCAGAAUUCCUCUCGCAUUUCCACCAAGGCUCUGACAUCUGGUGCCUCUUCUGGGGCUUCUUUAUCUUCUGGGAGCUUGGUAUCCAGCAUCAUCACGACGCUCACGACUCCAACCACUUUGAACGAGAACACCCUCCCAAGCUCUGGUGCAAUUUCUUCGGUGUCUGCAACUUUAACAAAGGUUGUCACCGACAUAAUUGUAUCGACUUCAACUUUGUCCACCUCCGAGAUCUUCAUUGAUACCUCCACGCUGAUUAGUAUGACGAUUUCUACCAAGACUUUCGACACGUCGUCGCUCAAUAGUCUUGGCUCAGUUUCGACAGCUACUGAAGCCACGGUCAUUGAGACGUCGUCUCUCAGCUCCCUGAUCAGUGCAGCCAGUGGCUCAGCUUCACCUUCGGACUCCGACACUGGAUUCCAAACCUCAUCAAUCGUCGCUUCCAAUACUGUUAUGACAUCAAGCAUCGUUGACACAAGUGAAAGGGCUACCGAACCUGCGCCAACCUCACUCCUCACUAACUCAUCAGUGAUUUCAGACUCGGUUUCCAGCUCCACUGGUAGCGCUGAAGAAUCUGGUGCAGUGGCUUCCGAAAGCUCAGCUGAGGUCUCCUCGACUACCCUCUUCGCCUCCAGCGCUCUACCCGUCAACACAACACUUGCCUCCAGUCUUCUAUCGGCGACUGUGAUAACGACAUCUAAGGGUUCAGUCAUCACCAUAUUCCCUGGAGGUAUUCGGCCAACCGGCAAGAAAUCAAGCACGCCCAAGAGUUCUACCUCGACGGUCUCUACAGAGUAUCCGACAGCCACAUCCUCGAUACUCGAAUCCUCAAGUGCGAGUCAAGAUCUCUCUUCGAUGUCACAGGCCAACCCCUCCCUGGAUUGGUCAACCUGGACACUGGACGUGACGACGAAAUCCUCAGCCGCUGUAAGCUUGAUCACGACUGUCCUUGCGCCUCCCCUGCCCCCUUCUCAGAUCACUUUGACUGAUACCUCGCUCCCCCCCAAUUUGACUGCUGUAUUCACCACCACUUUGAGCCAGUCUGAUGCAGCAACUAUGACCUCUGUGCCGGUUGCUUCGUCAAGCUUGCUGACACAUGGGAACGUGUCAGUAACCUCGACGAUCACAACGAGGAUCACACCAACGCAACUCACCAGUUCACUCACAACCACAGUCACUUUCAGAAGCAGUAUCUACAAUACAACUGCCACAAUUGUCACAAAGGGAUCUAGUGCGAGCGCAUUCACCCAAACUGGUACUCCGAUCAGCCCCCUUCCUGGUCUCAGCACCUCAAUCAUCACUAGGGAGCCCACCAUUGUGCCAGUUCCCCUUCCAAACGCCACGACGCUUGACUGGUGGUCUACUCACAGUUCAUGGCUGUCGUCUGAAGUCAGUCAGAGUGUGGACUCACAAGUCACGGAAAUCCCAUGGUCUGCGCAGAGCUCUGCCCUUAGCAGCGGCAUUUGGAGCAUCGAGAGCAGAACCAAUCGCUAUGUCAACUCUACCACGAGCGAGGUUACUUUGACUCCUUCUAGCUCGACAACCUUUUCGGUUCCCCAGUUCACCGUCACUUCAUCCCGUUCUAUGAACUUGACUAGCACCUUUUCCAGGGCAUCCAACUCCACCGGAUCCGUGACCACCAACCGGACGACGGUCACUUCUACGGUGUCUGAAAGCCAGAUGCAGAACACUACUCAAACUGUUACUUGGUCAAGAAUGGGGACCAAGGGUCAUCCCAGCCCCUGGAGCACAACUUCAGCCGCUACCCCAACUUCUGUCAACGGUACCAGCACUUACAGCAGCGGGACGAGCACAAGUGGUUUGGUUUCUAUCAUUACUACGCCUAUCUCUGUGUCAUUCAACCGUACCGUCCCAACCCGAUCGGAGUCCGGCUCGAACAAGACAUUUACCACUCAGUCCAGUGCGCCCCCGUUCCCUCAGACGAACACAUCGUCCACUCUAACCAUCACGAUGACGGUUAUUCCGCUACCACUGAACAGCACGACGGCACCCUUCCCGACCGGUUCCAACUCUUCGUUCAUUCCGAUCUCGACGCCUAGGGUCAGCACAACCUCUUAUCCUCUGAACUCGACCUUUUCAACUGGAUUCCCCACACCUGCUCCAGGAACUAAUACGCCCAAGUUUCCCAUGUCCAAUGCCACUAUCUUGACACCCACCAUAGGUUCCAUGUCCAGCAUGUUGAUUUCUAGUAUCACGGAGAGAUCGCAAUGGACAAGCAACUGGACAACAAGCUUCACAACGGGACCAGGUUCCUCGGCGCCUACUGGCAUGCCGACUUUCCCAGCCAGCAACUCUACCAUGACUGGCCAAGGGUCAUCCGAAUCUAUCCGUACCACCACGCCAUCUGUCACAUCUAUGUCCAUGGGCACUGGCACCUCACGGAUCUCCAGUGGUGUGAUCUCUAGUUCGGUGAUCUGGUCGAACACCACCUCCGGAUUUACGGCUUUCUCGGAGACUUCGGAGCCCUCUGAGACAGUUGCUCCACCCUUGUCUUCCACAGAGGUCAUGACAUCAAGUACUCCCGCCAGUACCGGCAGUGAUUCAUUCGAGACAACCAGCGGAACCCAGACAGAGCUGACCAGGGGCCCUUCGACAACUGAGAGCUCUCCUUGGAAGCCAUUCCCUGGGACGAACUCGACGAUUUCCCUAGCUUCCGGUAAAAAGACUUCAGCAACCAGUACUCCAUCCAGGUCGUGGAAUUUGACAAGCACAGCUAGUCAAUGCGAGUCGACAUCUAGCACGUCGUCGAUCUGCACUAACUCGUCUUUUUAUCCGGCGCCUUUGACAUUCUCGACCGUGACCAACUGCUCGACUACACCCGGAGCAUGGUCGGCACCUCCACCAUUCCCAACGGGGCCGGGCCAGAUUUCGUCGGCUUGCAACACCACAAGCACUCCGGGCGCGACAAUCAGCUAUAGCACGCUGGGUUGGGUGAACAGAACCCACACGUUUACCUCAAAGGAAACGAGCUUCGGGCCGUCAUUGACAACUCUGAAGACGAUCACGACGACGGGUACGGAACAGUCGGACUCCGGGGCUGUUUCGACAGGCACGGUUGGCCCGCAAGAAGCAUUGGCAUUGCCUGAGAACCCGAACUUCCCCUGGGGCAAGGACUCUCCGGUUCAUCGUCAUCAGAACGUGUCGGGCCUUGGCGUCGGCAUCGGCGACGGAGGCUUGGCCCCGAGGGCUGAGUGGUCCCUGCGAUGGAAGCAUCUGGCGGGGAGGCUGAAGUCUCUGUGGCACAGACAGGCUUCGGAGGUUGGCGAGGAAGAAUAG